GUUGGUCAGUGCAGAGGCAUUCUGGGAAACGUAGUCUAGCUGGCUAGUUCCGUACGUUGUCAUUCGGUGCCGGAAAACUACGUUUCCCAGGUGUCUGUGCGCCUUUUAGGGAAAAGAGACUUCAGCUCAGCCUAUUCUGUGUGAAUUUUCGGGAAACAGAAUGUCAGAGGGAGACAGUAUCGGAGAAUCAGUACAUGGCAAGCCCUCAGUGGUGUAUCGCUCCUUCUCAAGGAUAGGGCAGAUUUACCAGUCAUGCCUAGACAAAUCUACACCGUACACAGUGGCGCGAUGGUUGAUGACCCUUGGCUUAAGCAUGCUCUACAUGAUAAGAGUUUAUAUACUACAGGGUUGGUAUAUAGUAACGUAUGCCUUGGGUAUCUACCAUCUAAAUCUCUUCAUAGCAUUCUUAUCUCCGAAGGUAGACCCAUCCUUAUUGGAAGAUUCAGAUGAGGGGCCUUCAUUACCCACAAAACAGAAUGAAGAGUUUCGUCCGUUCAUCCGGAGGCUGCCAGAAUUUAAGUUUUGGCAUUCGGCUACUAAAGGGAUUGUUGUAGCGAUGGUGUGCACCUUCUUUGAUGCAUUUAAUGUUCCUGUAUUCUGGCCCAUCCUGGUCAUGUAUUUUAUUAUGCUUUUCUGUAUCACUAUGAAGAGACAAAUAAAGCACAUGAUCAAAUACAGAUACAUCCCAUUCACACACGGCAAGCGGAAAUACAAAGGAAAGGAGGAGACCGGGAAGCCAUUUUCCAGUUAAAAGAAACUGUCACCUUCUUUUUGACUUUCUUAUGUAAAAAUUAAACCAACAAAAAAAGGAAAAAAAAAAAAAAA